AUGUGUCCAGUCGCUGUGUACACUGAGCCAGUGGUGAACAAAGAAGGAGUGCGUGAACCCGAGGUGGUGAUCCGCCUCACGUCCACUUGCGCCAGAGUUAAGGAUGAAGUUCGUUACAAUUUCACGUCGGGCGUGUACGAGGUGGUGCGGGACCAGCAGCUGACGCUCGACCUCCUGACACUGCCUUCCAGGGUUAUCCACAAGGGAGAUCAUCUGGAGGCGCGGAUGUUCUUCGAACCCCUGCGGAGAGAGCAAGACAACGCAACUGACGAGGCCAACAGGGAGCUUGAGGAACUAUAUGGCGGCAUUGUCUCCAAGGAAGAGCUGGCCAGGCUCGACUCGCAGCCGAAUCCUUUCAACUUCAGUGAAAGAGUGUCCCAAACUACCAGACUAAAUAUUAAGAAUCUGGCCAUGCAGACGGAGCCACCACCCAGCACUGCAUUUUCAGUUAAUGUAAGCCUUGGAGAAAUAUUUGAUGCCUACAUCAAAGACUACGAAAAGAUAUUAGAAAAGGAAAAGGAACGCGAGAAGGAGAAGGAAAAAGAAAGAGAAAGGGAAAGAGAAAGAGACAGAGAAAGAGGAGCACUAAAAGGGAAGCAGUCUCCCCGCGUGGCGCCCGAACCUCUUCCUCCGCCUGCUCUCCGCACACACAGCUAUGGGGAUGAGUCCCUGGACCUGCCUGGCAUCAGGAGGACUGUCAUGGUGUUAGAAAGAAUGGUCAACCAAAACAUAUAUGAUGACAUAACACAAGAUUUCAGAUACUGGGAGGAUGCAAGCGAUGAAUACCGUUGCAUGGAGGGCUCGCUGUUACCUCUGUGGAAGUUCCACCAUGACAAGUCAAGAGCACUCUUGGUCUCCGCCGUGUGUUGGAGCCCUGUAUAUCACGAUCUGUUUGCUGCUGCUUAUGCUACAGGGACCGCCGGCAACAGCCACCGUGCUGAACCCGGUGAAGACCUGUGCUUAUACUCUGUGUCCCUAGAUGGCCGCGUCACUCAGUGGCAUCUUCAUGCUUCCGAUCUCGUCCAUACCGACAUACUUAAUUUCACUACUGUUGACCAGCUCACCAAGCCCCCACCUGCCUUCGAUAAGGUGCACCUUGAAGGCCAGGUGGCCUUGACUGAACAAGCGCGGGGCACUGACUCUGCUGACCGGGUCAAACAUACGAGAACUGCGCGUGUGGGGCGAGGGAGCGCCCACCUGCGCAUACAACUUGAGGCGUGUCAGGACCUCGCGUGCGGUGUCCCUGGUGCACCUUCGUGGCUGCUCGUCUUUGUCGUCAUCUUCAUCCUGGUUCCUGUUUGUGAUUUGGAAUCUUGUCCUGAUGCCUUUGUGUCCAACCAACGGUUGCACUGUACCUGCACAAUCUACAAUCACCAGCUCAGGCUAUAUGGCCACCUAGCUCGUUUCCCACAGGAUGAUCCACCAGGGUGUCUUUGUUUGAGACAUCCCUUGGUAGAGGAGGCCUGCACAGGAACGUGUAUUGCUUUUCGUCCUGACGAUGAAGGUGUAUUGCUCGUUGGAGUUGACACGGGCGUCGUAUUUCAGUGUUCAACUUCCUCUACAACGCAUGCCCUCAUACGUUAUCCUGCUCAUACUGCUGCUGUUAGAGAGAUUGCAUGGAAUGAACAUCACUACAGCGUAUUUAUAACCUGCUCUGUGGACUGGACAGUGAAAGUGUGGCACCAACACCAUUUAUCACCCCUCAUCACUCUGGACUUGGGAGGUGCAGUAGCUGGUGUCACAUGGUCGCCAUACAGCAGCAGUGUAUUUGUGGCGAUCACGGACGAAGGCCGUGUACACGUGUAUGAUCUGUUCCUACGUAAAUGUAAACCACUCUGUGUUCAAACCCUCGUCCACCGACGGCGCGUAGCAGCAGCAUGCGUGGCGUUUAAUCCUUUUCAUCCCAUUAUACUAGUGGGUGGUGACAAAGGCACUCUGUUAUCCCUGAAGCUGUCUCCCAACCUGAGAAAGGUCCACAAGGACGCCAAAGGAGCGGAUGAUAGCAAGAUGAAGGAGAUCGAGCAGUGCAAAAUGGAGAGACUUAUUGCAACCAGCAAAGGAUAGCGUUGCCCAUCGUUGCUGCUUAUCAUUUAAUAACAAAAAGUUUGUAAAUCUGCAUUAAUCAAGAUAAUCAUCGUAACAUUAGCGUUGAUAAUUAUAGCAACAGCAGUAAUAAAAGUAAGAUAUUAAUGUUAUGAUAGCAAUAGUGAUAAUUCAAUCUGGAACCUCAUAAUAUUAAUACAAAGGAAAAUAAUGAUGUU